CGCCGUGGCGGAACCUGAAGAAUGACGGUGAUGACCAACUACCACUUCCACCCUUCCAUGGAGGUCGGGUGGGUGGCAGAGGAUCAUCCCAUACCCAAACCAGACCAAACCGUUGCCUCUCUCUCUCUCUCCGUUGACUGGAGAGCUAAAUUCCGCUUGCGGGAAAGCUGAUUAAGGCCAGUUUUUGAGGAGAGAGAGCCCGAAAUCGGCGCCGAGCUGUUCGAACCAUUUGGACCGAGCAAUUCCUUCUUCUUCUCCUCCUCCUCCUCCUAUCCUUUUCACCACACAUCAAUCACCUCUCCCGUCCCGUCCCCUUCUCUUCUCUCUCUCUUACUGUGCAGCGAUUCGUGCGGUCUAGGGCAAAUGACCUGCCUCGUCUCGGGGAUUAUGCAGCGUUGUUGUCCCAAAUUGAUUGCAGUUGAUCACUGAAUCGGAUUUUAGUCUUCCCGCCUCACCAUGUCCAACGCCGGCCAGCAAUUGAUCUCCGUUCAUCCCGACGAGCUCAAGUUCAUCUUUGAGCUGGAAAAGCAAAGCUUUUGCGAUCUUAAAGUUGUGAACAACACCGAACAUCAUGUCGCUUUUAAGGUUAAAACUACUUCUCCUAAGAAGUACUUCGUCCGACCCAACACCAAUGUUAUUCAACCUUGGGAUGCGUGUUUCAUUAGAGUCACUCUCCAAGCUCAACUUGAAUGUCCGCCUGAUAUGCAAUGCAAAGACAAAUUCCUCCUCCAGAGUACGAUAGUUCCUCCCCAUUCAGAUAUUGAUGAUCUUUCUCCGGACACUUUCAAUAAGGAUGGAGGAAAAGUAGUAGAGGAGUGCAAGCUCAAGGUUGUUUAUGUUGCUCCUAACUCAGCAUCCGCUGAUGCAAUAAGGAACACCUCCCGUGGAACUCCUGAUAACUCCUCCAAUCAGGCAAUUCAGCGUGCAAAAGAGGAGAGAGAUGCAGCUAUUCGACAGACACAACAGUUGCAGCAGGAGCUGGAUAUGUUGAAGAGAAGAAGGCUGCAAAAGACUGACCCGGGCUUUUCCUUCAAAUUUGCACUCUUUGUGGCUCUCAUCGGACUUAUGGUUGGAUUCCUUUUGAACCUCUCGCUGUCUUCACCUUCAUCGGAAUGAUUGGCCCUUCUACUAUGGCUCCAGGAGAGUAUUUUUGGCUGUUACUCCUGUAAAAUUUUGCGGUUAACGUCGGAACCAAACCAAGGGUUUGUUUUGCUUAUAUUGUUCCUCUUCCUGCUGUAAAUCUCUUCACGCCGUAUUUGUGGUUUCACUGUGUCUGGUUUCUAGAAAGCCUGUGAUACUAUCAAUAUAUCAUCUUAUUUUUCUAAUCAGCAUAGUAAAGUUGCAUGCAAUGAGGAAUAAAUCAAUUGUUGCUGCCGGA